AUGCCCAAAAUGGCCCAAGUCAACGGUGACCUCCCGAGCGUGCCCUCGGCUGCUCUCCAGCACAUCCUGGAUUACCCUGUAGUACACGACGGUGUCGUCACUUUCAGGAACCACCCCGUCGGCAAGAAGUCCCUGGUCUACGGUGACUCUGCCUACAAGACCUUCGCCGAGCCUCUUCUCCCUUACUUCGCUCGUCCUUGGGGAUACUUGCGCCCCUAUGCCGAAAAGGCAGACAACCUCGGCGAUCAGGCCCUGACCAAGGUUGAUGAGCGCUUCCCCGUCGUCAAGAAGCCUACGGAGGAGCUCUACGCCGGCGCCAAGGGCAUCAUCGCCCUGCCAAUUCGUACUGGAUUUGAGGCCAAGGACCACGUCCUGAAGACGUUCAGCCAGCAGAAGAAGAAAGUCGGCAGCGAGAACAUUGUCGCAUACGGCAAGGCCCUCGUCGGCACCGCCCUCAUCACUACCAGCGAACUCAUCAUCUGGGUUGGCGACGUCAUCCACUACAAGAAAGAGGAGGCCAAGGAUGUCAUCAACGAGAAGGCCAACAACUAA